AUGCCAUUGUUGUAUGUGUGCGGUGCAGCUGUUUUUAAAGCCAGCGCUAAGGAUGUGACCUCCUCGAUCGAACGAGCUGAAAAGCGUGGAACAAGCCUCCAUGAGGAGGCUCGAUGUGGAGGACAGAUAAAGCUUGUUCAGAUGACAUCUGACAAAGACAAUCCCCCAGGGCCGACUGUCAGCCUCUGGCCCCUCAGCCUGGCUCUUUGGCCUGCAGGAAUGAGCCAUCUCUCCGUCCUUGUGUCGGACAUGACCUUGCACGACUGCCUUGCUCCCCAGAACCGCAGCCCUCCGCGGGCUUGCUCCGAGCUGGGCUGGAGUCCAGAGCUGAGCCUGUCAGGGCCUGGGUUGGCAUUGCAUAUAACGCCACUGCAUCUGCUGUCUAUGGAGAUCAUAAUGACACUCCAUCCAUGCACUGCACUCUACGACGACUACAUUCGAUCAUGGGAUGCAGGUCAGGUUUCAACUGAGAACGUGGACACCACAAAGGACCCGUGUCAGAAAGUAAAGUGCAGCCAGCACAAGGUCUGCGUGGUUCAAGGAUCCCAGCGCGCCGUGUGCGUGAACCGCAAGAAGCUGGAGCACAGAAUGAAAGUUCCGCUGGUGAAGUCUGAGCAUAGCUGUAGCCCAUGCCCUGUUUCUACUGCGGCCCCUGUGUGUGGCUCUGAUGGCCAUAACUAUGCCUCCCAGUGUAAGCUGGAACAGCAGGCUUGCCACAUGGGGAAGGAGCUGAGCGUGAAGUGUUCUGGUUCCUGUCCCUGUGCCACACCGGCCCCUCCCACCGACAAGACAGACAGCAGCAAGCACGAGAGCUGUACAGGGCAGGACCUGGCUGAUUUGGGCGAUCGGCUGCGGGACUGGUUCCAGCUGCUCCAGGGCAACGCCAAACAGAACUCGACGGGCAGCCCAGCAGCCAGCUCUGGCUCCGUCAUAGACAGGAGUCUGGUAGCCACCUGCAAGGACUCCAUCGGCUGGAUGUUCUCCAAGCUGGACACUAGCGGUGACCUCUACCUGGAUCAGGCCGAGCUGGCGGCCAUCAACCUGGACAAGUACGAGAUCUGCAUCCGACCCUUCUUCAACUCGUGCGACACGUACCGCGACGGCAGAGUGUCCCUGGCUGAGUGGUGCCUGUGCUUCUGGAGAGAGAAGCCUCCCUGUCUGGCUGAGCUGCAGAGGCUCCAAGUGCAAGAGGGUGCCAAGAGAAAGCUGGGAGCCUACAUCCCCAGCUGUGACGAGGACGGCUACUACCGUAAGCUGCAGUGUGACCAGAGCCGAGGGGAGUGCUGGUGUGUGGACCCGCACGGAGGGGAGCUAAUGGGCUCCCGCGUCCAUGGCAACCCCGACUGUGAUGAAGUGGUGGCGUACUCAGGAGAUUUUGGCAGUGGGGUGGGUUGGGAGGACGAGGAGGACAAACAAGAAGCAGAAGAGAACGCUGAAGAAGCUGAGGAGGAAGAGGAAGAGGAGGAGGUGGGAGAAGUAGACGAUGGAGGAUACAUCUGGUAGAAAUUCCAAAUGGCUGCUUGACGUAACCAAGCUCUCUGUUAGCGAGCAUUACAGGGACAGCUCUCAAUCUCUUGACACAAAAUGAUGAUUGGGGAAGUGAUCGUCUGGACAUCUUUCUACUACAACACUCAAGAGCAGCACGGGUUGGUGUGAGGUCAGGACAUAGGCUAGUUACAGUGGAAAUAGGACACAGGAGAAAGAACUUCAAUAUGUUUGUCUUAAAUUCUUGUGAAACUUCAUGACUUUACAUUGUAUUUUAUGUGCAAGAUGUUUUCCGCUCUUGCGGCUGUCUUUAGAAGCCUCUACUACUGAAUCAGACCCUUACACUUAUAUUUUACACUCCCAAAGGAGCUAUGUGGAAUUCCGUAGGAUUCAAAUAGUCUUGAACAUAGCUACGAGGCACUCUUCCAUUGACUUCCAUUGUAUUCAAUACAGCGCCACACAUGGUCCACGGUGGUAUUACAAGAGAGCAGGCCUGCCACUAACUUCAGUGGACAACACAGAGCAUCGGUGCUUUUGACGUUACAUCAAAAUAGUUGUUUCUUCACAUUCUGUUGCUAUUUCAAGGUAAUUUUGAAUGUUUUAAACAAAAAAAAAAGACUCCACAUAGCACCUUUGAAGAAAAAAAUUGUUUUUGUAGAUUUACUAUUGUUAUUGAUUCUGGAGACUAUUAGAGUUCUGUACAUUUAAAUGAUAUUUCUGUGGUGGCUAACAUUUCCAGAGUGUAUGAGGACUAGAUAACUAUGACACCAAAGUGUAAGUACCGGUCUUAUGACAGGAGGGCUCCAUUGUAUGCACAGUUCAUAAUUUACAACCCCAACACACAGCAUAUCCUUUACACGUCCUGUUAAUGAUACCGCAAAUAUCACAGAUACAGGUUGGGAAGGUCUCAAACCUUCAUGACUAUUUCCAUGAAAGGCAUCCAUCACAUUUGCAUUUUGACGUCUAGUGUACCAAAAGUGAAUUGCCACUAUGCUCUACAAUAAAGAGCCAGACAUCAGUGUGGACCUCUAUGUUGCUAUCAAUUUUAAAAUCCAGAUUAUUCUGUUGAAGUCCAGUGCUGACAGGCUGGCUUCCUCAACAUGAAUCUAAUGAUACAGGUGUAUACAAAGGUCUGGGCACUCCUGAGAACAAUCUUGAAAUUGAGUAGAAUGCCAGAAUUAUGUUUAUUCAGUUGUUAUGUUCAUACAACAAGAAUAGCAUUACAAUUUGAAGAAAGCAUCCUUGUUUGACUUUUGUUUUUCAUUGAGGGGAUUUUAUUUACUUGUUUCACCUCAACAAUCAACUCAAAUCUGGAAUUUUCUCUCCAAACUUGUGCAUACAUCUAAGUCAUGCAUGGAGGCUAUUCUCUCUAAAUGAUUUGAAGAGUUCUUUUCCAAAACGCUAUAUCCACCAUUUUAAUACAUUUUCACAAAUAAUUUUUUUUUAUUUUAUUUUUCAAGUAAUUUCAGUGAAACUGUAUUGGAUUAUGUUUAGUGGAUUUAUCUUUACUAAAUCAAAACAAAACAUCUGCAUUUUUAUUGAAAUUAAGUGAAAUACACAAUUAAAUAACAUGACUUUUUAAUAUUUUCAAAAAUGGAUUUAUAGCGUUUUGGAAAAGAGCUCUUCAUUUGACACAGUGUGCCAGGUACAGAAUAUCUGCAAGAUCAGUCUCAAAAUGUUUGAUCAAUAUCCUACUGAAACAAAAUGAUUAGUAACUUUUUAGUCAUCCUCGGUUAUCUACUUCAGCCCAGGCCAUUAUUUGCUUUCAGAUAGAAAGCAAGCUAGUCACAUCUCAGUUUCACUUCAAUAACAGCAUGUUGCUCUGCAUUGAAACAAAAUAUCAACAUUAGAGUCUGCAUAUUUGAGAUAAAGCUUCAUAUUUACAUGUUUAAUCUUUGAAACCAAAAAGGGACCAAUUAUUCCUAUUUGUAUUUGUUUACACCUACAACAAAAAUGGCAUCUGUGUUUGAGAUACUGGUGUCACAAAAGAAGUCUAAGUCAUUGUAUUGCUUUGUAGCUUUGUAAUUGGCUGACCAUGAAUGAAAGUGAAAUGUGAUACAACUGACUAUCAAAAAGGAAUCCAAACAGAGACUCUGGAAAAGGCAAUGGUGGCUCUGGUGCUGGCCAGCAUGAAUACAAAAACAUUUUCCACAAAUAUUUGGAGGGAACUGACCCUCAUUUCUUCAGAUUGGUUACUAUUCCAGGGUUUACUGGAUUAGAAAAAAGUAAAAUCGUAAAAUGGCCUGUUAAGGCUUUAUGGAAAUAACAGUUUCCCCUCACAAUCUCCAAACAUGUGUUAUUAAUGUAUUCCUAUGCAUGAAUUAUUGCAUCUCUUAGAUAAAACUAUUCUUUCCUGUUCUUCCAUCACUGGAAGUUAUUUGACCAUAUUGCAUGUUAUCUAUGGAGAGGUCUGAAACUCAAGAGAUCAGUGGAUGAAGACAGCAUGUCAUUGUUUACGGUGUGAUUAUGCACAUAAUGUUUUCUUAGGUGGUCUAGUAUUCCUUGUGUAGAUACUCACUCCCUGCCUAUGUUGGUUCCAUUGACUCUAUAAAUUACUGAAAACUUUGAAAUUCAAUGUAACCGUGUCAUACUCAAAGUAUUAUGCAGUUGAUAAUAAAAGAGUAGUGGAACCAUG